AUGGCGGCCCCCCGAGGUGUCCUGCUCGCUGUCCUCUUGACGGUCAGGAUGGUGGUAUUCUCUGAGGCGAAGACGUAUGUGCCAACGGAAUCCAUAGUCGUCAACUGUGGGUCAGACAAGGACGGGCAGGACGCCGAGGGGAGGAAAUGGGUCAGUGACAAGGACAGCAAGUGGCUCGCCGACGGGGGCAAGGCGUCCAUCAUGGCGACCGCGGACGUCCCGGACCCGUCGCUGCCGUCGCCGGUGCCGUACAUGUCGGCGCGGGUGUUCACGAAAGAGACGGCCUACACAUUCCCCGUCGGGGAGACGGACCGGCACUGGGUGAGGCUCCACUUCUACCCGGCAGCUUACCACGGCCUCCCCGUGGAGCAGUUCUUCUUCUCCGUGUCUACCUCCACCGGAAUCACGCUCGUCCGUAACUUAAGCGUCUACAUCACCGCCAAGGCCCUCAGCCAGGCGUACAUCGUCAGGGAGUUCACGCUGCCGCCUAUAGCAAGCGGCUCGCUGUCGCUGACCUUCACUCCGACGGCCAUGAAGAACGCGUCCUACGCCUUCGUCAACGGCAUCGAGAUCGUGUCCAUGCCCAACAUCUUCACCGACCAAGCUCCAUUGGUGGGCAUGGAUAGCCAGUCCGUGGACGCUAGUGCCGGCAGCAUGCAGACCAUGUACAGGCUCAACGUGGGCGGGGCGUACGUCGCGGCCACGAACGACUCCGGGCUGUCCCGGGAGUGGUUUGACGACACGCCCUACGUCUACGGUUCCGCUACGGGUGUCACCUUCGAGGCGAACGACACGUUGCCGAUCAAGUACCAAAGCCCUGAAGCAGAGUAUGCCGCGCCCGUAAGCGUCUACGACACUGUCAGAAAGAUGAGCGCUGACAGUACGAUGAACAAGAACAACAACCUGACAUGGAUCUUCGAGGUGGACGCCAACUUCACCUACCUCGUUAGGCUCCACUUCUGCGCGCUGACUACCGACAAGGUGAAUCAGGUCGUAUUCAACAUUUUCAUCAACAAUAAAACAGCCACGACCCCCAUGAUUAGCGGCGACAGCGGCGCCGCCGAUGUCAUGGCAUGGGCGGGGGGCAAAGGCGUGCCGGUGUUCAAAGACUACGCGAUAUACAUGCCCGACACCGCAGGCGAGAAGCUGAUGUGGAUCGCGCUGAAACCUUUUACCGGAGGCACUGCAGAGUUCAAUGACGCCAGUCUCAAUGGCCUGGAGAUCUUCAAGAUGAGCGACAGCUCCGGCAACCUUGCUGGGCCAAACCCCGACCCGUCCAAGAUGCUCCUGGAGGCGGAGCUGGAUGGCCCGGCGGGGCACUUCAAGGAGAAGCCGAGCAACAUAGGGGCUCUUAUCGGUGGAGCCGCGGGUGGCGCCGCCGCUUUCGGGAUCGUCGCUGCCAUCUGCUUUGUGGCAUAUCAAACCAAGAAGAACAAGGGACUGAGUAGCAGCCCGUCGCACUCGUCCGGAUGGCUGCCUGUGUACGGAGGAAACUCGCAGACGAACGCCAGCAAGUCGUCAGGCGGCAAGAGCGUGGCGCUGGACCCCAACAUCACCGCCAUGUGCCGGCACUUCUCCUUCAAGGAGAUCAAGACAGCCACCAAGAACUUCGACGAGUCUCUGGUCAUCGGCGUGGGCGGCUUCGGCAAGGUGUACAAGGGCGUGGUGGACGGCGACUGCAAAGUGGCCAUCAAGCGGAGCAACCCGUCGUCGGAGCAGGGCGUGCUGGAGUUCCAGACAGAGAUCGAGAUGCUCUCCAAGCUCAGGCACAAGCACCUUGUCUCGCUCAUCGGCUGCUGCGAGGACGACGGCGAGAUGAUCCUCGUCUACGACUACAUGGCGCACGGGACGCUGCGCGAGCACCUCUACAAGAGUGGCAAGCCGCCCUUGCUGUGGAAGCAGCGUCUCGAGAUCGUCAUCGGUGCCGCGCGAGGGCUCCACUACCUCCACACUGGCGCCAAGUACACCAUCAUCCAUCGCGACGUCAAGACAACCAACAUCCUCGUCGAUGAGAAAUGGGUCGCCAAGGUCUCCGACUUCGGUCUCUCCAAGACCGGCCCCAUGACCAACAACCAGACGCACGUCAGCACAAUGGUUAAGGGUAGCUUCGGCUACCUCGACCCGGAGUACUUCCGGCGGCAGCAGCUCACGGAGAAGUCUGACGUCUACUCCUUCGGUGUGGUGCUCUUCGAGGUGCUCUGCGCGCGGCCAGCGCUGAACCCGAGCUUGCCGAGGGAGCAGGUCAGCCUCGCUGACCACGCCUUGAGUUGCCAAAGGAAAGGAACACUGGAAGACAUCGUCGAUCCGCUGUUAAAGGGCAAGGUCGCGCCGGACUGCAUGAAGAAGUUUGCGGAGACGGCGGAGAAGUGCCUUGCCGACCAUGGCGUGGACAGGCCAUCCAUGGGCGAUGUGCUGUGGAACCUCGAGUUCGCGCUGCAGAUGCAAGACACCUUCGAGAACGGGGGAAAGCCAGAGGGAGAAGACGGUUUUGAAAGCACUAGCUUAGCCCCUCCCUCCAUGGCGGAGAGCUUGGCCGCCAACGCGGCGGCGCUCUCACUGAUCAGCGAGGACAUGGACGAGGAGGACAUCGCCAACAGUGUGGUGUUCUCGCAACUUGCCCACCCAACCGGCCGAUGA